AUGUCUGGAUUGACCCUACUCGCUCUCGCCGGUCUGGCUGCGGCUGACUACACAAGUACAUUCGGCGGUGCCCUGCCUGCCGGCAUUCAGGCACCUAGCACUGCUGGCUUUAAGAACCCUACUGUCCAGCCUUCGCGUGGUGGUGCUGCGAUCUGUGUUUCUGGCGAUGUUGCCGUUCAAGCUUCUGCUCAGAAUGUCAUGUUCAACUUCAGCGUUCCCGCCAAUGAGUCCGUCGUGACCAAUACCUUCCUCGAGCUCAUCUCUGCUGGCUCGACAUUCUCAAAGAGCAUUAUGGGAGGCAUGCAGAAUGUCACUGGAAACUACACUAUUGCAUCAACUCUGUGUAUGCCUGCCAACGGCACAACUCCCAGUUCUGUUCAGCUUCUCACACACGGCAUUGGAUUCGACCGCUACUACUGGGACUUUGCACCCGGCUACAGCUACGUCGACUACGCUAUCGAGCAGGGCUACGCAACAUUCAGCUACGACCGUCUCGGCGUCGGCAUGUCCUCAACNCCCGAUCCCAUCAAGACCGUCCAAGGACCCCUCGAAGUCAGCAUCGCCAACCAACUCGCCCUCAUGCUGCGCAGCUCCACAUUCGCCAACAACAACUUCACCACCGUGAUUGGCGUGGGCCACAGUUUCGGUAGCGCCAUCACUCAAUCCGUAACCUACAACCACCCAUCCACUUUCGAUGCUGCAAUCUUGACUGGAUUUUCCACCAACCAAUCUGCAAUUGCACCUUUCCUUACUGCUUUGAACUUGCAGAUCGCAUCUCAAAACCAACCUUACAGAUUCUCAAACCUCAAUAAUGGAUAUCUGGUCGAUUACUCCACCGUCAGCAACCAAUACGGUUUCUUCCGCGCUCCCAAUUUCGACCCUUUGAUUCUCGCAGCAGCCGAAGCUGCUAAAGGAACUGUAACAUUCGGAGAACUGUUUACCCAAGCUGCCAUCUCUGGUGUUGCGGCAAACUUUACAGGUCCAGUUGCUAUUGUAAACGGUGACGCGGAUCUGCCUUUCUGUUAUGGAAAUUGCAGUUAUCCGAUGGAUAAGGCGGAGGCUGCUGUCAAGAUGCUGUAUCCAAAUGCCAAGGCUAAUGGAACGUAUCUUGCUCCUUUGACUGGGCAUGGAGUCAAUUUGCAUUAUACUGCUAUGGAUGCUUAUAAGUUUAUUGGCAGUUUCCUGAAGCAGAACAGAAUGUAA